UUAACCCGAUUAUAUCAACUCAAGCAUCUCCAAGUAGUACAGUUAAAGAAGGAGAUGAUGUGACCUUGACCUGUGAUGUAACCAAGGCCAACCCAACAGUUACUAGCUAUGUUUGGAGUAGAACUCAAGACAUAAACAAUGGCGUCCAUAACCAGGCCUCAUUUACCAUUAAUCAGAUACAGGUGGAGCAGAAUGGGACAUACACGUGUUAUGCCACAGCACAGUCCAGUCGUCAUGGCAACCUGGUCGGGGAGAGCAAUGUGACUAUGACAGUUCAGUACCUGCGUGUCUCAGUAGAAAGUAUCCCAGCCACACUGGAGAACAGCAGUGUUAGCAUUCACUGUAAACCGCAGGGAAUUCCUGGUUCAUUUGUUUAUAGCAACUGGCGAUUCCUGCCAUUUACUGGAGGACAACCUGUAGAUCUACAGAGGAACCAGAACCCUCUGAUACUGAACAAUGUACAAUACACAGAUGCUGGGACAUAUAUAUGUACUGCUAGUAAUUCCCAGUUCACAAAGACUUCAAAUGUAUCUUUAGCUGUCAAAUAUGCAGCAAAGAAGGACCCAUCAUCUGACCGAGUCACAAACCUGGAAGUUUCAGCAGACAUUGGAGAGUCUGCCACCUUGACCUUGUAUGUCAUUGCUUACCCAAAACCCACUUCUUACUCCUGGAGAAAAAUAAACGGCAGCUUACCUUCUACAUACAACCAGACAGAUCUGGAGUAUGAAUCAACACUGAGAGUUGACAGGUUGAGAGACAGUGACUACGGCACCUAUGUAUGUAGUGUGGACAAUGGUAUUGGACAGUCUGUGUUCUUAUUUAAACUGGAAAGAAAAGGAAAGCCUGAUGCACCUUCCAAUCUUGAAAUGUUCAACGUAUCAGCCAUCUCUGUCACUGUGCAGUGGGUUUCAAACAAAGAUGGAGGAUAUCCACAGAAAUUUCUGGUUGAGUAUAAAACCGUCGAUGGGCCAUGGAUAUCAAUGUCAGCAGUUACAGAUCCAGGUUAUAAACUAACUGUAUUGAAGAAAUUGCCCAAUUUACAACCAAAUACUAACUACAUGUUCAGAGUGGAAUCAAUGAAUGGCUAUCAAGGUGGGAGUGGUAAACAGUUUGCUAGUGGAGGAUAUUCUAACACAAUCACUGUGAAAACGAAGG